UUAGUUAUCAUAGUUCUAUGGGCGUGAGUUUGUUCGGUGGUGUUUACAAUUAAAAUGCCGAUAAAAUAUAUUGGUAGAACGACAGAUUUUAAGGGGAAAACGCUAUGGGAAAUUUUAGGCAAUUUAAAAAACUUUGGAGCUGGAAGGAUAGUCGUUAGGAGUAGGUUGGAAAAAUAUCCGGAGCCGUCGUAUUUUAAAAUUUUGAAGGUGCAACCUUUAGCAAAUGAGGAGGUGAGGAAGGUGGAGGUGCUCGUGGAGAAAGUGUUCCGCGGGAAGAAGUUCCCGUAUCCGGUGAAGAUCCGCAGCGUGUCGUACAAGGCGGACUACCGGCUGCUGCACAAGGACGAGGAGGCCGACUACUGCAAGCUGCCGUCCAGUGCGGGCGGCAGCGUGAGAUUACUGCCGGCCAGCGCGCCCUUCCCGCCGCUGCUCAGGGAACUCCUGGUACGAGAGGCAGCAGCUCGCGGUGAAGCGGCAGUCGAGCCCAAGCUGAAAAUGCUGUACCGCGACAAUCCACUGCCCCUGUUCAGGGUGGCAGAGGACGGGGAAACGCCUACGGAGACCAUAACUACGCGGCCCAGCGCAGAGUUUGCUCAGAGAGGCCUGAAGUAGAAUUUUAUAUACUUACAUAUUUAUCGUAAUCGUUGAUGGGUCCUUUCUGUUUGUCCCCACAGCCAUUUACCAGCUUUAGUGUUCUGCAUAUAUUUGCUAUUACUUUAAUAAUAAACAAAAAAAUUAUUGAUGGUUAGCUGUUCACAUUUUCCAAAUUUACUUUUCCUGAGCAAGAAAGUUAAUAUAAUUCUUACCAUUUUACUAAUGGAAGUAAAAUAGUUCCAAAAUUUUACAGGUUUAAGCAGAGAACAAAAACGUCAUGAUUUGAAAAUUAAAUAGUGGGGAAAAUUAUAAACUAGUAUAAUGCAUGAUGAUGUGUCACAAGUGGAAAUUUGUAUUAAUGUUACGAAAUCAAAUUAACACGACUGAAGCCUUUACUGAUGAUAGAAGGGCUACAAACAGCUCUGCAUUGUAUAAAAAGAAACAAUCUCCGUAAGACUGUAGUGAGCGCAUACAAGCGGGGAAAAAAGAAAAGCGGGCUGUCGCAUGGACGCCUCUCCUCAUGAUCUUUCUUUUGACGACAACUGCCAGACUCCUGUAAGCUGGAAAAGUAUUUUGUCAAUAACAUUCUUUACAUCCCAUCCCAUUCCUCCCCACCCAACUCAAGCUCAGCUGGGCCCAAAAACUUACCAAGUUGAAAGUAAGUACUGUUUAGACACCCUGCAGCAGAAUUUAACAGUCUAGUUUAUUUUGUGUGAGGCAUUGGUUCUGGUUUUAGAUCAUGCAGCUAGGGUUUUUUUUUUGUAUCAAAGCACACAUUUUAAUAGUAUAAAAAAAACUAAAAAAAGAAAAGAAA